CACACACACUCACUCAGACACUGGAGACAGAGACAUCACUUCACUGUGUAUCUGUGGUUUGUGAUUCAGUUUGGCACUGUGUUACUGGAUUAAGAGCCUCUGCAUUUUGGAACUAGACCAAUUGAUUAUCCUUGGUCUAACACUGUGACAGCUUGGAUAGACCAACGUUGGAAAUUGGAGGACCCUGUGGAUAGAUUGGACUCUGUGGGAGUAGUGUUGUGGGCAUGCAGCCGGACCUCUAGCACUGUGGCUGGGGCUGGGAGAGUUGUCUUGUGACUGAGGGGUUUUGGAGGAGAGGAGAGGAGCAAUGCUUUUCAUAGAGCGCCCACGUGUGAUGAACCUGGAGCGGCCGGUGGGGGCGGUGGGUGUGGGUGUCCGGGGCCUGGACAUGGAGCAGCGGACGGGUGGGAAGCUGGGGAAACUGACCCUGGGCUUCCAGAGGAGCUCUACGUCAGACGAUGACUCAGGCUGUGCCCUGGAGGAAUACGCCUGGGUACCGCCUGGACUCAGACCUGAACAGGUACAGCUGUAUUUCUCCUGUCUUCCGGAGGACAAGGUCCCAUACGUCAACAGUCCUGGAGAGAAACACAGGAUCAGACAGCUGCUCUACCAGCUGCCCCCUCAUGACAAUGAGGUGCGGUACUGCCAGUCUCUCAGUGAGGAGGAGAAGAGGGAGCUCCACAUGUUCAGUGUCCAGAGAAAGAGAGAGGCUCUGGGGAGAGGAACUCCCAGGAUGCUCCCCCGAGCCCUGCAACACACCCUCUGUGAACAUUGUGGCGAAGGCAUCAGCGGAGGAGAGAUGGCCAUCUUUGCGUCGCGGGCGGGUCCGGGGCCGUGCUGGCACCCAGCAUGCUUUGCGUGCGCCACGUGUCAGGAGCUGCUGGUAGACCUGAUCUACUUCCACCAGGAUGGAAAGAUCCACUGUGGACGGCACCACGCCGAGCUGCUGAAACCACGAUGCUCAGCCUGCGAUGAGAUCAUCUUUUCUGAUGAGUGCACGGAGGCGGAGGGACGUCACUGGCACAUGAAGCACUUUGCCUGUUCCGAGUGUGAGACGGUGCUGGGCGGUCAGCGGUACAUCAUGAAAGAUGGCCGCCCCUACUGCUGCGGCUGCUUCGAGUCUCUGUACGCGGAGUACUGUGAAGCCUGCGGGGAGAAUAUAGGAGUGGACCACGCCCAAAUGACCUACGAGGGUGUCCACUGGCACGCUACAGACACGUGUUUCUGCUGUGCCCAGUGUAAGAGCUCCCUGCUGGGCUGUCCCUUCCUGCCCAAGCAGGGCCGCAUCUACUGCUCCAAGGCCUGCAGCCUGGGAGAGGAUGUCUACACCUCAGACUCCUCCGACUCCGUCUUCCAGUCUGCCCACUCUCGUGAAUCCCGCCAGAGCCACAUGGGCAAGAGCAGCCACCCGGUGGCUGAACAGUGGAGGCACUCCCAGCUCUUCAACCCCGUUGCAGUGGCUGACUAUAACAAGACUCCUAGUCUAUAUGGAGACAGAUAUAGAGAGGACAGGGAUAUGGAUAUUGUGGGCCAAAAGCUGUCCCACAUGGGCUUCACUGAGGAGCGCACCUGGAGGGACCGAGAGGAGCAGGAGGCUCCGGAGGAUCCAGAGGAGUGGGCCGAACACGAGGACUACAUGACACAGCUCCUGCUCAAGUUCGGGGACCGCGCCGGGGUGUUCCAGACACAGCCUUCAGAGGAACCCAGCACCAGUAGGUCAGCCGAACCCUGGCUGAAGCCUGAGACUAAACCGGCCUCCACCUCCACCACCACCAGUCCCACGAACCAGAGCCACAGUCACCUGCCUGAGACGUACUGGGCCCAGUCCCAGGAUGGACUUGUCAGUAAGAAGCACCUGCCUGAGACGUACUGGGCACAGUCCCAGGACGGGCUUGGGGAUUCAGCUUACGGAAGCCACCCUGGCCCUGCUAGCGCCAGAAAGAUCCAUGAUCUGGAGCUGGACCAGGGGCUGAUUGACCAGAGGGUUAGCGCUGGGGGAGCAGGGUUAUGGAUGCUGGACCCCAGGCAGUGGUGUGAAGACUCUCUGGAGUGUAUCACAGACAAGCUGAGGAAGACUGAGCAGAGUGUCGGGGACUCCAUGGACUCUCUAGCCCUCUCUAACAUCACUGGUGCGUCAGUGGACGGAGACAGUAAGGAGCGUCAGAUCCUCUACUCCCUCCACAACCUGCUGGACCCAGAGCCAGAAGACUGUGAUAAGAUGAGCAACAUGGGCACCCUCAACUCCUCCAUGCUCCAUCGCAGCGCCAACUCUCUGGAUCACCUGUCUCUCCCCCUCCCGCCCCUCCCUCCUAAACAGGAGAUGCCACCUCCUCACCUUCAGCUGCCAGUGUUGAGGAGGAGCAGGUCCCAGUCCACACGGCCACCAGGCCAGCAGAUGGUCAAGUUCUCUGAGGACACGGUGGAUAACGGGUCUUACCAGAACCUGGCGGUGCGUCAGCCUCCUCAGAGUGAGAGGACGCGUCGGAGGGUGUACCACCCUCACCACGAGGACCCCGACAGGCCACGCCGGCACCACGGCCACCACCGCAACCGCAAAGCACGCUCGGACAACGCUCUUAACCUCCUGCCUAAGGAACGGGUGCAGAGGCCCUACGAGAGCCAGGGACAUGGUCUGAGUUCCCUUCAGGAACAUCACGCGGCCCUCUUCAACCAACCUGGCCCUGGUGCUCACAGGCCGCCCCCCUACCCCCACACCACCUCGGACUACUCCCUCCAGGCUCGGGGCGACCGGGAUCGCGACCGCUUCCUAGGCGGCCUGUACGCUGACGAGGAAGACUGGUGCUCCACCUGCUCCUCCUCUUCCUCAGACUCUGAGGAGGAAGGUUACUUCCUGGGGCAGCUCAUUCCCCAGCCCAGGGUUCCUAGCAGGUAUCAAUACUACACUGAUGACUUCCCAACACGCGUUACGGCCAUGUCGCCUAACGACUCACGGACUAAAUCCAGAAAGAAGGGUCACAGAGGCAAGAACUGUAUCAUUUCAUAAUCUAGAUGUAAAUUCUGUUUUACUUCCAGGACUAAUAAUUUGUGGACAGGUGGGGACAUCAGCUGUUCUUUGUAGUUUGACUUGCUGAACAUAAUAUUGGACGCGAACAAAACAUUGUCCAUUGUAUUGGGCAUAAUGACAUCUUAUUAUGGGUCAUGUCUAACACUCAAACCAGAAGACAUUUUCUCCUUUUUGUUUUUAUAAAAAUUGCCAAAAAACACAUUUUUUUUUUUUUACAACAUUGUAUGAUGAACCAUUGAAAGUAUUCCAGCAAUACCAUUGUGUGUAUUAAACAGCAAUUAAUGCACUACUGUUAUUGCUGACAAGGAGAGGAAUAGUUAGUAAAGUAGACUUCUAGAGACUAACCAAAAUAAUUAUUUAAUAGUACAAAAUAUGAAUGUAUAUAUUGUUAAGUUAAAAUGUUAAUACUGGUAUUUUUAUAUCCCUGGGUUUUAACUAAGAUUUUUCUGGUUUUGAUGUAAACAGAGUAGGGAGGCGGGACAAGCUGUUAUUGUAGUAACAAGCAGACCUAUUUUGCACGCAUCACUUGUCAAUCAAUCAAGGCUUUAUAAAAAAAUAUAAAUAAAUUGUUGCCGGGAUACAGACCAUCUGCUUACUCAAAUCAAAGUGCCAUAAUAUCUGGUUUCUGAUGUUUCUGGUAACAAUUAACCGUUUCUGGUAACAUUUUACAUGAAGUUGCUCUUAAACCUCUCAACAUCAAUGUAAAGUGAUACCCUGUGUCUUUCCUGUAUUCCAAUGUUUACGCUAUUCUCGAACGCGCUUGUCCCUCAGUGUAAAAUACAAUGUAAAACCAACCUGAUGGGAGACAGAGUAAUUUACAUUACAGAGGUCUUCUCCAUACAUGCCCUUUAAUCAGUGCAGGUCAUUAUACCAUGAAUACUUAAAAUGUUAUGUAAUGUAAAGAAGCUUUUAAUAAAUAUUCUUACGAAACG